UUGGAAGUGUCCCUAUUCGUAAAAUGUCUAAAAAACAAUUACAAAUUGUUCAAAAUGUGCAAAGAGCGCAAUACACCCCCCAAAAGUUAGACAAUCAUUCAUAUGCUGCUCCAAGUCACAAUGAUUUUGCGGGACUUUUAGUUGGAAAUUCUCCUUCUGGAAGAUUUACUGGUGCUCGUGCUACAAUGACUAUAUGGAAACCAAAACUAAACGCGGAUAACCAAUAUAGUUCGGGUUCUUUGUAUGUGGAGGAUGGAGAUAAUCAAAUACGAGUUGGUUGGAUUGUAAAUCCUGGACUAUAUGGUGAUUCGCGCACUCGAUUAUUUAGUAGAUGGACAAGUGACAAUUAUGAAAAAACGGGAUGCUAUAUCAAUCGUUGUCCUGGAUUUGUGAUAACAUCUAAUGUUGUACCACUUGAUUAUGGGUUUCCCCAAACAUCUAAAUCGUAUGGAGAACAAUUUGAUGUGACCCUCGAAAUGCAUAAGGGGACUCCUACUUCAGAUUGGGAGUUGUAUUACAAUGGAAAUCUACUUGGUACGUGGACAAGGUCCAUAUUUUCAAAGAUGGGUGAAAGUGCUCGUCAAUUGCGAUUUGGAGGAGAGAUUUACGAACCAGAAAAUGAAGAUAAUAGCCCUCAGAUGGGAAGUGGCACUUUUAAAUAUAAAAAGUAUGAUAGAACGGCUUAUAUGCGUCGAUUAGCUUAUUCUGAUCCUGUAAAAGGAGAUUUUAGUGUUGGGGAUGCUAUGAUCCUUCAAGUUCAAGAGUCCAGAUGUUUCCUUGCCGGAGCUCAAGCAUAUAAUUCUGGUGAUGAUUGGUGGAGAUACUCCUUUAUAUAUGGAGGUACGGGUGGCCCUGAUCAUUCACGUUGUGUCUACUAG